UCUUCUAAUGGAGCAUUUUUUCGAUCUUUGCGUGUAUCAAAUUGUCGACCUUAUUCGUGCACAUCAACGACAAAUCGAAGAUUUAGGAUCAGGUGUUCGUACAAAGAACGUCUUUCUAGUCGGUGGUUUUGGCGAGUCCAUUUACCUGCAAAGGCAAAUAAUGGAACAUUUGAAUCUGGCGGGGUUCAAUCUGAGGAUACCAGACACAUCGUGGACCGCAGUAGUGCGUGGCGCAGUGAUAUGCGGAAUCGAGAAGCUUUCCUCGCAGAACCUCAUACGAGCAAAACCUUGUCGACAUCACUAUGGAAUCAACGUGCAGAGACUGUUUAACGAUGCUUACCAUUCCCGCGAAGAUGCCUUCAAAGAUCCCAAGAGUGGACUCACGUUCGCACGAGGAGAGGUCAUAUGGUUCUUAAAUAAAGGCGAUUUAGUUCUUUCCAACACGCCACUAGAAAUAAGAAGAUCUAUCAAUCUUCAUUUCUCCAAGGAUGAAAGUAGGGUGAAGGUGAUUCCUAUCUAUCGGUACUCUGAUGAUGACAGACCUUCAAAAUUCUACUCGGCGCGAAAAGAACUCACCGAGGUUUGUUCACUGAGCAUAGAUGUUUCAAAGGUUCCAUCGAGGGAUUACGUAAUAUUGCAUCGGAUGCCCAAGGUGUUUAGUUUAGUGAUACAAUUGGUGCUUUCUCUGUUUGAAGACAGACUGACAGCGAGUGUGUGGAGAAAUCAGGAUAAGCUUUUGGAGGAGCAAGACAUUAUGUAUUAG